UGCUCAUCAGAACCACAACAACCACCAGCCAGAGGGAGAACCAGAUCAACAAAGACCAGAACCUGCAGGACGCCCAGCAGACACACAGUUAUAUCUCACCUGAGGCAUCAGGCUCACACAGCACAUCUCAGUCCAGCUCAGACCAGACGAGGAACGGGACCAGGACCAGAACCAGAACCAGAACCAGGACCAAGAUCACCUGAAGAACCAGAACUAGGACCCGCUUCAGGACCUGAAGUAACAGAACAACCUGAAGAACCACCUGAAAGACCAGGACCUGCUGAAGAUCACCUGAAACAAAAUCCAUCAGAACCAGAACCAUGACACUCUCUUCAGUCCUCCUCGUCCUCCUGCAGGUCUGCAGCCUCCAGCUGAUGGUGGCUGCCAUGCCGAAGUGUCAGCUGCAGGGAGACCUGGUCAUGUCGACCCACCACCUGCUCAGAGACCUGGGGGAGGAGUUUCCUGUCCACUGCCGGGUGCUCAAUACCAACAUCUCCUUCCCAGACUCCGCCUUCCCUGCUAAGACAACCAAUCACCCUCAGUGCCGCCAAGCAUUAUGGGUGGUGUAUGAGUCUCUGCGGGAAGCGGGACAGAUUUUCGGGGAUCAUGAGUUGCCUGUCGGAGAGGGAGGAGUCACCUGGGACAAUGCGAAACUCGAAGACUUCCAAAACCUGCAGUUCCGACUGCUGGAGGAGGGAAGCUGUUUGUCCAGAGUCAGUGGUUCAGGUGUUUUAUCUUCAUACUUCAGUAAUGUGACAGCAGUUCUGCAGCAGCAGGAGAGCGCUGCCUGUGGUUGGAUGGCUCUAAGGAGAGAUCUGCUCAGGGUCCUGGCGACCGGCCUGCAGAAACACUGCACUUGUUUCACCUGGAGAGACGGCCACAAAUGCCGAGACCACGCCCAGUGAUUCCUGAGACCACCAUCAGUAUUGCCUGAGACCACGCCCAGUAUUGCCUGAGACCACGCCCAGUAUUGCCUGAGACCACGCCCAGUAUUGCACGAGACCACGCCAACUGUUACACGAGACCACACCCAGUGAUGGCCAUUCAUCAUGCUGAUUGACCUUAAUAUUUAUUUAUUUAUUGACCUAUUUAUUGACCUAUUUAUCUAUUUAUUAAGACCAUUUUUGAUAUUUUUAUACUAUAUUUCAUAUAUUUAUAUUUUUAUAAAUUAUGUUUUACUGUAAUUCUGUUGUUCUGUGAUUAUAUUUUUGUUUCUGUUGUCUCACUGUUCAUUUUAAUAAAAUUAAAGCAUCAAGAAAA